CAUGCCUUAGUAACACACGGGGUGCCUAAAGAAAGCCAUCAUGUUGGAGAAGUUCCUUGAGAGCUGAAUGAUUGGGGCGCCAGCAUAGUGGAACCCUGGAGACUUAAGUAGAAGAGACACUGAGCAACUCCUUAAUGCCACCCAAAAGUUCCAAAGCAGUUGGCAAAUGACAGUUACAAAUAAAGCCGGGGCAGAAAAACCAUGUGGAGAAAGGAAUGAUCAACUAGGUCCCAGGGAUGCUGAAAUUGUGUAACAAAGACGCCUUGGCGUACCCCUUUGAGGGGUCACCUGACACCGUGCCUCCACUUUUCAGCAUGCUGGAUAGCAGUCAGCCGCCUCACUGGAGCAGUGAGCUCCCCAGGGAGCCGCUACCACAGCAAGCCUGUUCACCGGGCGCUGCCGCUGGGCUGGAGGGAACAAAAAUCUUCCUCCAGGCAACCAACGUGAAAGCAGCUCAAGGUGAAGAUCUGAAGCUUGAAAUCACCAACAUCUAUUACCAGGAUGAACAGGAAGAAGAGUCAAUAACCACAAUGCCCCGGUCUCCGUCUCCAGAAGAGCUGUCUGGACUGGCUACUCUGCCCACUCUGUUCCAACACAUAGAUGAGAGAGAGUCCAGUGACCCAGACGCUCAGGAUGAGAACAACCUGUCCCAGAUGCUAAGCGAGUUGCAAGUGUCGCAUGCAGAGACCACACUGGAACUAGAAAAGACCAGAGACAUGCUCCUUCUGCAGCGCAAAAUCAACGUGUGUUAUCAGGACGAGCUGGAGGCGAUGAUGACAAAGGCUGAUAACGAAAACAGGGACCACCAAGAGAAACUGGAGAUGCUGAAUCACCUCCUAGACCUCAAGAACAGCCGCAUAAAGCAGCUGGAAGGUAUUUUAAGAAGCCACGGCCUUCCAACAUCUGAGCAGCUCAAGGACGUUGCUUACGGCACUCGGCAGCCGUCAGUGUGUCUGGAGCCACGGCCAGCCCACAGAGGUGAGGACGAAGUGGACCUUUCUCUGCUGCAUCGAAAUGAGAAUCUUUUGGAAGUGCACAUCCACCAGGCCUUCCUGACCCCUGCUGCUCUUGUGCAGGCUGGAGACACACAGCCUACGACUUUCUGCACUUACUCCUUCUAUGAUUUCGAAACCCACUGCACUCCCCUCUCUACUGGGCCACAGCCCCUCUAUGAUUUCACCUCCCAGUUUGUGGUGCAGACAGAUCCCCUUUUCUUGCACUACCUUCAAGGAACUUCAGUCCGGCUUGAUCUCCAUCAGGCCGUGACUAGUGAGCAUCAUAUCCUUGCAACUGGAUGGAUUUCAUUUGACAAGGUGCUAGAGACCGUGGAGAAAGUCCAUGGCUUGGCCACACUUACUGGAGCUGGUGGAGAAGACUUGGGGGUGUUAGAGUACUGGAUGAGACUGUGCUUGCCCCUAAAAUCCAGCUUCCAGGCAAGCAAUAAGCAAAAGAAAGCCCAGGCCUACCUGUCAGUCAAUGUGCUUGGAGCUUGGAAGGCCCUGAAGGAUAAUAAGUCCAGAUCCGAGACGCGGACACCUCGGAACACACUGCGGAUUGAGAUCACCAGGUGCUGCGGCCUCCGGAGUCGAUGGCUGGGGACUCAACCCAGCCCGUAUGUCAUGUAUCGCUUCUUCACCUUUCCUGACCACGACACCACCAUCAUCCCGGCCAGCAACAAUCCAUACUUUAAAGACCAGGCUCUGUUCCCAGUGCUCGCGACCUCUGAGCUGGACCAGUAUCUGAGGCGGGAGGCCCUGUCUGUGUACGUUUUCGAUGAUGAAGACUCGGAGCCUGGCUUCUAUCUUGGUCGAGCUCACGUGCCCCUGCUGCCUCUAGCACAAAACAAAUCUAUCAAAGGUGAUUUUAAUCUCACGGACUCUUCGGAGAAGUCCAACGGAUCUAUCAAAGUGCAGCUAGAUUGGGAGUCUGACUACCUGCCCCCAGAGGUCCUGGAACCGGAAGAUGAGACAGAGAAGGACAUCAAAAACGACUCUGAGGCCUCAAGCACAGAAGAACAGGCCCCUUACCUUCCCCAGGACCAGAUGGUAUCUACAGAGAUUCCCACCCAGGAUGGUCAAGUGAAGAGAAAAUCCUCUCCAACAGCAGAAAGGAGGGAAAAAGAACGUCAGAUUGCAUGCUACUCAAGAAGAAAACACAGCAAAAGAACAAAUGUCCAAGGCAAGAACCGAAUGGAAUAUCUGAGCCGUAAUGUCUUGAAUGGAAACACGCUGCAGCAGGUGCACUACACUGAGUGGAAGUUCUCAGGGCUCAAGACGUCUGAGGAUGACGGCUUUAAAAAUCAGGUCAAGAAAGUGAAAGUGCCGUUAUCCCAUUCAGCACUGAGACAGGAGGAUCCCUCGUAUUCUGUAAAUGACCAAGCAUCCUCUGGACAAGCUUCUGAAGCCAGUGAAACACAAACCCCCGACAGUGAUGACGUCAUAGUGACCCCCCAAUCUCAGAUGUGUCCUAAAGCUGAUUCAGAGAAGAUGUGCAUUGAGAUUGUCUCCCUGGCCUUCUGCCCAGAGGCUGAAGUCAUGUCUGACGAGAAUAUACAGCAGGUGUAUGUGGAGUACAAGUUCUAUGAUCUGCCUCUAUCUGAGACCGAGACUCCGAUGUCCCUGAGGAAACCGAGGGCAGGAGAAGAAAUCCACUUCCACUUUAGUAAGGUGAUAGACCUGGACCCAGUGGAACAACAAGGCAGAAGACAGUUUCUGUUUGCCAUGCUGCAUGCUCAAGAUCCUGAUGCGGGAUGUUUAAAAUUUACAGUGGUAAGUGAUCCUCUGGAUGAAGAAAAGAAAGAGUGUCAAGAUGUCGGCUAUGCGUACCUUGAACUGUGGCAGAUACUUGAAACUGGAAGAGAUGUCCUGGAGCAAGAACUAGAGAUUGUGAGCCCUGGAGACCAGGCCAUCCAAAUCGGAAGGCUGAAGGUCUCCCUUCGAGCAGCUGCUGCCCUCCAUAGCAUUUACAAGGAGAUGACCGAAGAUCUGUUUUCAUGAAAGAACUACUCCACUCUUAAGAUUUGAGGGAAUCACAGGGAGAGUCUCUUAUAAAGUAACAUGCUAUGCCAUAAA